AGCUUGUGUUGAUAGUUCACCGCCACACGCUCCUUUUACCUUUUAAACGGAUUUUAACUUUCUUCCCUGUCAUUUAUCAUGCUUACCAAAGGCCUGCUGGCCUUGUUGGCAAUUUUUGCCUUUUAUACCCCCUAAGUGGCGGCAUGUAUAACCGAAGACUGAGGUCUGUCAAAGUCGGGGACUCCAAGAAGAAAGUCCCAAGCGAUGUGCCACCCUCCACCAGCCUGCCCCCUCUGGUGGAAGGUCAGCUCAGAUGCUUCCUGCGGGUGACAGUCAGUCAGCUGCUGUGGACAACCCCGAAGCCGCCUCCGCUAGCGACGUUUGUCAGGCUGCGCUGGUGGGGAGAGUCGUCCAACGGCACGCACUUCUACCCGCGAGAUGCUUCACUCUCCGUGCAAAAAAAUGUCAAGACCACCGCACGAUUCCCGGUCCGCUGCGGCCCGAAGCAGUUGACCUCGUACCUGGCAGAUAUGGGGUCUUUGGUGCUGGAGGUUUUGAACAGACAGGAUCAUUUGCCGAUAGCACGAGCUCAGGUGACAGAAAUCUCCCGCCUGUCUCAGUUGCACGCCAUCAGUGGAUUUUACACCCUUGUAUCGCCAACCUCGAAGAAACUUGGGGAGCUAGAGGUUUCCCUUCAUUUGGAGCCGCUGGUUGAGGUCCACGAGAGCACCAGCUCUGGUCCAACUGCAGAUUUCAGCUCUGAAGGACUUCAGGUCUCCUCGCUGGCAACGUCUGCAGAGCCUGCAGCUCUCAAAGCAAGCAGUGAGAAAAAAUCAGACCGGUGCAGCGAGGGAAGCACGUCAAGAUGGAAAGAGCGCCUCUAUUCCCAAACAACCCGGACGGAUAAAGAUGAGCCAGGAGAGAAUGUGAGGCUGGUAGAAAAGAGCCUGAUGGCUUUGCGUCCUUCCAGUCAGGAACCCUGUGGCCAACCGAGCAAUGACAUCCUCUCAGUUAUUCUAGAACGUGGGAGCAAGCUUAGGGACGCCAUGGUGGUGUCUGCCUUGAAAUGUGACAUGGUUUCUGCGCCGGUUCUGAAAGACCUCCAACUCCCUCUGCAGAGGGACAACACCCGACCCCCUUCCUUGCCCUCUCCCUCUAGAAUGUUCCUUGAAAAUAUCCUGCCUGCCGAUUCAGCUCCCAAGCACACAGACGAUGCCGUCGUCACAGACGGCUGUCUUGAUAAUCCUGCAGAGAUGGAUCACAGAGCUGUGGAUCUCCUUCUUGGCAGAUUGAAAACGUCUCCUCCGCCUCUCUGGGAGGGUGAACCCCGCUUCCCAGAAUCUCCAUCCAGUCAUAGCAGUGUCUGCGGAGACAGUGAGCUCAGCGACCCUCAGUAUGAUCAGAGCUUGCUGGAACAUUUGUUUUACACAACGCCCUUGUCAGGUUCAAGACUAGAUGACACAUCGGUGGACGCCCGAGAGCAGAAAAACAGUUCAUCCAAGACCGAGAAUCGGUUAAGACAGUCAGGGUCAAGGACGAGUGACAAUCCAGCUGGGGAGCCUCAGCACUCUCUGGGUGAGGUUGCUGUUCUUCUAAGUCCAGAGCAGCUGACGUUUCUGAGCUUGAUGCGAUUGGCCAAAGUGAGCAUCAGCUCCAUGAGUGUACCAGCAGACGGAACAACACCCCCAGCAAGAAAGUCAUUGAGCAAAGGGAAAAUUCCUCCACUGCAACGCAACAAAAAAUUCACCUAUUUUGUGGAGUAUACCUUCCCAAAGACCUCGUCUUCCAGUCGAAAUAUUGCGGGAGACAGGGAGACAACCAGAGUUGUUUCCACUAAAGUCACAGAAGGAGGUACGACCUGUUGGAAUCAGCCACACAAGUCUUUUGUUUUUUUUAAGCAAAGUAAAACAGCAAUUGAGCAAUGGUGGGCAACGGAUCUCCUUUUCAAAAUUUACUCCAGAAGAAGUGACCAGAAGAAGGUGGAUGUCAUCGGACAAGCCACUUACCCACUGCGUCGUCUCCUGCAGAGCAAGCAGCUCAGCCAGUCUCUGGCUCUACCAGUGUACAGGAGGGAGGACAACAGUCAAACACAGGAGCUAGGACUUCUCAGGGUGCUGCUAGAACUUUCUACCAACAGCAGGGACUCCUCUGAAACAAGAGACCCCUCGUUGCUGCACGUUGCUCGCAGUCCUCCAAGAGAAUCCUCGCAUGUCAGCUUUUGCGUGGAGGACUCGCCUGCUCGCUCUUCAGAAGACUUCACAGUGAAUGUUACAAACCAGCAGAAACUCUCCAAAGUAGCCACCCCACAUCUUGGCCCCCACACAUGUGCAUCUCAGCAGCAGGUGGCAGAAGACCCAGAGGUCCUGUUGCACACACUGCUCAUGGUGCCGGAUGGAAAGAACUUCAACAGUGGGCCCAUGCAAACUGUCAAUGUGUACUUGAACUGUAAGCUCUUCUGGUGCAAUGAAAUGGCGAGGUCUGCGGUCAGCUGGGGGUGUGCAAACCCGUCCUUUAACUUUGCCCAGGUAACUCCUGUGGCUUUGACUACAAAGUUACUGGAGAGGAUGAAGAAUAAUGUGAUGGUCAUUGAAGUGUGGCAGAAAACUGGAUGCUCCAAUAAUGAGAGACUUCUUGGUCUUGUCAAACUACCUCUCCACCAGUUCUACAUGUCGUUUAGAGACCACAAGAUCGCCCACCUUCUUCUCCAGGCGCAGUACCCUGUUUUAGGGGUGGACUGCUACAUGCCAGUCGUGGACGUGUUUUCAGGCAGUUGCAAAGGACACCUCAGGGUCACUCUGGCUAUGGGACGCUUCGAGCAGGUACUCGCUCUGCAGCGCACCAGAGAAGACGAAAUGGAUUCACUGGGCCGCCUCGGGAGACCGCUCCAUCUGCUCGAUCACCAACCUCAUGCACCGACAAAGGUGACUCCAGCGCAAGCACGAGCAAUGAAAGAGCACGUGUUUUUGAUAAGGGUUGAUAAAGUCAUCGGGCUUACCCCUCUCCAAUCGACGGUGUGGGGUGAGGCUGACUGUUACGUCCAGUACAGUUUCCCUUGCCAGGAAGGUGCAGAGGUCCACGCAGCCCUGGACAUCAACCUGAGGCCUUUUCGUACCACCACCACUCUCUGUGUUCCUGACCCAACAUUUGGCCACACAGAGACGCACGUGCUCUUGACCCCUGAGGGAAUGCCCGUCCAGAAGUUGCUGCUUAGCUCUCUUUCAAGCCAAGGCCUUCAUAGCGGCGGGGGUGUCCAUUUUGAAGUGUGGUGCAGAUACUAUUACCCGAAUGUCAGAGACCAGCUUGUGGCCAAAGGAAUUCUCCCUCUGUCCAAAUUGUGUGCCAUGGUCACCAUGCAUGGACAGCAGCCUGAUAAGCCCCAGAUGUUCUCGUUGCCCCUGCUACCCAGGGCAGACAACCCCUCAAUGCACCAGCCUCAGCCAUCUGGCCUGCUAGAUGUGUGCGUCCAGUAUAAGUCCCGCCCUGUGAGAGCUGAUGUGCAGACUGGCAGAGGAGCUGCUUCUAGUCAGGUGACACUGGUGGUUCAAGUGCACAGAGGGUCUGGUUUUCAGGCAGCAGCCAGAGUUGUAGCCCAGCAAGACGAAAGGUUCAGUUACUUUGCUGCCGUUGGAGUGAACUCCUACGUGACCAUCCAGUUGUCCCUCUUGCCUGAGGAAGAGCAAAGAUGCACCCGCAUGGCUGCCAGGACCUUCUGCCCCGAGUAUAACCACCACACGGAGGUGUGCUGCGCCGUGCUCCUUCACAAGAGCAGUGGGGAGACCUUUUGUCUGGCUGAGCAGCUGGCGGAAUCUUCUGCUGUCUUCACUGUAUGGAACAGAGACAGCCGCAGAGGCAGUACUUUCAAGCCUGCAGAUGUGAUAUUGGGCACAGUAAAAAUACCCCUGCUUGAGCUCCUCAGUAAAACAACAGGUAUUUCUGGCUGGUUUGGUGUCCACACGCCACAAGAAUCCACACAAAGUAAUCACGUGUUGGUCGGAGGCCUUGAGAUCUCCAUUGCCUUUGCCCACCACUCAGAACGCGAACGGGUCAUUCGGGCCGCUCUGGAUUUGGGUUGGGACCCGGCUCGGUUCCUUAUUGACAAUGAAUGGCCGAAUGAACAAGGAGAUUGGGAACACAGCGCGAGAAAAAUAUCCCUGACCUUUUCCAUGCCCAGAGUUUGGAUCCCUGUCCACUGCUUGCUUCUACCGGGACAUGCGAAGCUGCAGCGCUCCACGUACUGCUACUUCCGCUACAAAUUCUACGAGCAGGAGGCCUUCUGCUCGCAGAUGAAACACCCGUGUGUCAGCGAGGAGGGCGAGGGCGACCGGGCCACAGUGACCUUCCAAGGAAGUCGCACCGUUGAGCUGAUGAGCUCCCAGCCUUUGUUGUGGUACCUUCAAGAGGAGCGGCUGGAGGUUCAAGUGUGGGUUGCUUUCCAGAAGGACAAAAGCCAGCGCCCCCGUGACACAGACCGCCUGGUGGGCUCUGCCUUCAUUGAUAUGUCCUCUCUUGCAAAGAUCCACCAGCAGAAGUUUACUCUCAGUGGAGUGUAUCCACUGUUCAGACGCUCAGCGAUAGACCUGCAGGGAGCCGCUCUCAGGGUACACAUCAGCCUAACGUUAGGCUGCGUGCCGACUGUCGAAGACGACCAGGCGGACUCUGACAGCCAGGAGGAGACUUUAUUAGAGGCGCCAGAGUCAGCACAUCAUACCCCACCUCCUUCCCCACCCAAUAUAACAUGUUCGGAAACUCCGGAUGUCGCUGUACCUCAGCCUGCCAAAAUUAGCGAGGAGGAGUCUUUCCCGGUGGAUGUUGCAGUGGAGAGGGCCAUGCACCUUACUCUCAAAGGUUGUCCGCAGUCUGAGAGCAGUGAAGGCGAGCCAUGCUGCUCUGUGUCAUACGUCACUGCUGACUCUGCAGAAGCAGUGUCCACCGCUGUGGUGGCCAACACAAACUGCCCGGCGUGGAACCAUCAGCAUAAAUGCAGGCUUUCCAAGCAACUACUAGUUGAUCCAGAACAAAGCCUGGUGUUCAAAGUCUGGCAUAAAGGCGACAGAGGAGAAGUGGAGCAGGUGAUUGGCUUCGCCUCUGUAGACCUGUCCCCUUUGCUGUGUGGGCUCCAGUCGGUAUGCGGCUGGUACAACGUCACAGGUUUCAGCGGUCAGUGUCACGGUCAGCUCAAAGUCUCCAUUACACCACUCGAGUGUGUCCAAGACCUUCGCGAGCAGAGAAAAGCUGCCUUUGACAAAGCCGGCCAAAACUCAAGUGUUUUAUCUCGGACUGCAUCUUGCAGCUACCAGACCACAGCCACGUACAACAGCUUCCCUUCUCACAUCAGCCGAUACCCGGAGCAGCACAUCUCAUCGCCUGACCGCAUGGGCACACUAUUUUCCAAAACUGAGAGCGACCGUCACCACGAGCACAUGCAGAAAGUGCGUCUUCAUCAUCAGAGUCUUCAGGAACAAAAUGCAGAACAUUCGGUCUGCAGCAGCACCAGUGGCGUCAUCAACCCCUCCAGCUCUUUGCUCUUUUUAACACUCAGGAAGAAUCUGAGCGAGCUGGCCAACAUCCAGAGAUAUUUCAGCAGUAAGAUUGUGGGUCCUGCUUUGUCACCCACUAGGGAAGCGAAAUGCCUUCACAAGAAAGACGCACAUGAGGACCAUGAGCUGCAUGUGACGUCCCAACAAGUCCACACUGGUCAACGCCAACCAGCCAUAUCCUCCGUCCUCCAUGGCAGCUCAACAUUUUCCCCCACCAGAGAGAGGAACCCUCACACCGUCCCUGAGAUCAUCUCCAGUGCACGCAACACUUCCGUGUUUUCCCAGGAGUCGUCAUCUUGUCCAACGAAGUGUGCGGGCCUUGCUGCAGACGGUGUACCCCAGGAAGAAGCAGAAGACACGGGCUCUGAAGAAUGUAAAUCACCGUGCGGGAGUGAGGGGGAUGAUGAAGAGGAAGAUUACGAUGAAUUUGUGGUGAAGCCGAGGCAUUUGAACGAGGUGACAACUUUGACGGAUAAGACCAGUCCUUGGAAUAGCAUCCUAUCAGACUCGGCUCCGGUUUCGUCUGGAAGCCCGGAGGCAGAAGAGAGCCAGGUUCACAAGGAUGAAAGUCAAAUCCAAAGUCAGGACUCCGGCAGAAAACACGCCAGAGAGGAGAGUCGACGCUGCUCGGCUGACAGUUUUAGGGACUCUUCAGAAGAGGCAUCAGACUCAGGGAGCGACGAGGACGUGACGCUGCAAGCUGUCGAUACCACUAACAUGGCGGGCGAUGCCGGCUCACCACGCACAGCUGUGCACGCCGAUGACCCCAAGCGCCAAGUAUCGGUCCCCAACUUUUUCCUGCCUUCACACCAGCUGGAAGCCUCUCUGAGGGUCGUACGCUUAGCGCCAUCUUUCUGUCAUGCAUCCAGCGACACGGACUGCCGUACUCCACCUCGCAUUCCUCGCAGGGGGCCUCGCCGGUGUCCCGACAUGUCGCCCACAUCAAUGAAGAGAGAGACGGAAAGAUUUGCUCGAAUCAUUGCCACUCACUUUGAUGACGACGACGACGAUUAGUUCGAUAACGUGUGAUUAUUUAACGUUAAUUCUUAAGCAUGUAUGAGGACACUCUAGUGUUCUUCUGUAAAGUAAGUGGAAUAUUUUUAUAAAUAAAUAUUUUUUGGUCAAU